AUGGCGGGAACGACAAACCACCGAGCGCGAGGCUCGGAGGACUAUAAUGUGUUUGACGACGCAAAGACAUACUAUGCUUCUGAAGAGCGACAUCAAAACCGAUUUGGGUCCCGUACACGUACAUACUCCCAGAACAGCUUGAUGAAGCAGUUUGAACGAAACGGCCUGCGUGAACCAUACAGAAGGGGCAGCCACGACGAGAGUUCGCUGCCCCAGGGCCGCCGAUUCCUCAUCCAGGUCGACCCUACUCUCGAAAGCUUGCAAGCCCAAGAAGACACCGAUGGCAAUAUGCAAAUUACCAUCGAGGACGAAGGCCCCAAAGUACUCUCUCUACGAACCGCGGCUUCUGCCGGCCACAAUCGUUUCGAAGUCCGAGGCACAUAUAUGCUCUCCAAUCUGCUGCAGGAAUUGACCUUGGCGAAAGAAUACGGGCGGAAACAAAUCGUCCUCGAUGAGGGUCGGCUCAACGAGAAUCCAGUCGAUCGUCUGUCCCGUCUGAUCCGUGACCACUUCUGGGAUGGCCUGACUAGACGUAUCGAUGCAUCCAGUAUCGAAAUAGCCGCGCGAGACCCCAAGGAUUGGACGGAUGAUCCUCGACCGCGAAUUUACGUCCCUGCCGGAGUCCCGGAGCAGUAUGAAUACUACAAGCAAGUUGCCGAGGAGCGGCCAGAGAUUCGUCUAGAUGUCCAGCAGCUCCCCGAAAAGAUCACGCCCGAGUUGAUCCGGGACAUGAACGAGAAGCCCGGCUUGCUGGCGGUCGAAACCGAACAAGUCGUGGACCCUGAAACGGGUCGAAAAACACUACAGGGCCUCCCCUUUGUAGUGCCUGGAGGGAGAUUCAAUGAAUUAUACGGCUGGGACAGCUACAUGGAGUCACUUGGCCUGUUGGUCAACGACAGGGUUGACUUGGCAAAGUCAAUGGUGCUGAAUUUUUGUUUCUGCAUUGAGCACUACGGAAAGAUACUCAAUGCUACCCGCUCGUACUAUCUCGGCCGAUCUCAGCCCCCAUUCCUAACCGACAUGGCAUUGCGCGUGUACGAGAAAAUCAAGCAUGAACCGGAUGCCAAGGAGUUCCUUAGACGGUCGAUACUAGCUGCCAUAAAGGAGUACCACAGCGUCUGGACUUGUGAGCCCCGGCUGGACCCGGUCACUGGUUUGUCGAGAUAUCGGCCGGAGGGCCUGGGUGUGCCUCCGGAAACGGAGGCUGGCCAUUUUGUGCACAUUCUGGAGCCGUAUGUGAAGAAGCACAAUAUGGAGUUCAAGGAGUUUGUUCGCGCGUACAAUUACGGCGAGAUCAAGGAGCCCGAAUUGGAUGACUAUUUUAUGCACGAUCGAGCAGUGCGAGAGUCUGGGCAUGACACUACGUAUCGAUUCGAAGGCAUUUGUGCCGACCUUGCCACUAUUGAUCUCAACUCACUCUUGUUCAAAUACGAAACCGACAUUGCGCGCACAAUCCGCAACGUUUUUGACGACAAGCUUGUGAUCCCGGGCGAGUUCUGCGAUAGGACGCCGUAUCAGCCGGGGGAAGUGCUGGCGUCUGCAGCUUGGGAUCGGCGCGCGAAGCGACGCAAGCUCACUGUUGACAAGCUGAUGUGGGACGAAGAACAGGGAGUCUUUUUUGAUUACGACACGGCAAAGCGGGAGCGAUGCAACUAUGAAAGCUCAACCACGUUUUGGGCUCUAUGGGCGGGCAUCGCGACGCCGAAGCAGGCCGCCGACAUGGUUAGGAAGGGGUUGCCGCGAUUCGAAGCGUACGGUGGUCUGUUGGCUGGCACUGAGAAGUCUCGCGGGGACAUCGGGCUUGAGCGCCCCAACCGACAAUGGGACUACCCGUACGGCUGGGCUCCUCAGCAGAUGCUUGCCUGGACUGGUCUGCUCCGGUAUAGCUUCACAGAAGAGGCUGAGCGUCUGGCCUACAAGUGGCUGUUUAUGAUUACCAAGGCGUUUGUUGAUUUCAACGGUGUCGUUGUGGAAAAGUACGACGUGACGCGACCAGCUGAUCCUCAUCGCGUGGAUGCCGAGUAUGGUAACCAAGGGCUGGACUUUAAAGGUGUUGCCAAAGAAGGGUUUGGCUGGGUUAAUGCCAGUUAUGUGUAUGGUCUGCAGAUUGUAAAUGCACAUAUGCGUCGUGCCUUGGGUACCCUGACACCGUAUCCGACGUUUAUCAAGGCGAUUGAACAGAGUUUGGAGAAGGAAUUGGCUGAUUUGCCGUGA